AUGAGUGCCGACUCUGAACACCACGGCGAGCUGGCUGACCUCGUGGCGGCCAUGAACGUGGCCUCCAGCCGCGCCACCACGCCCAAUGGCUACCGGCCCACAACCUCCCACCGAGCGCGGCUCUCCGACAGGAAGAUGUCUCUGCAAGAGCGAGGGAGCCGCAUCAGCCGGCAGCCAACAAUUGAGACCAAGCGGGUGUCCAUCACGGACGCUGACGAUUGUGUCCAGCUCAACCAGUACAAGCUGAAGGCAGAGAUUGGAAAGGGUUCUUACGGAGUUGUGAAAUUAGCUUACAAUGAAGACUCUGAGCAGUAUUAUGCCAUGAAGGUUGUGUCAAAGAAGAGGCUAAUGAAGCAGUUUGGAUUUCUGCGUCGUCUGCCUCCACAGGGAUCAAACUCCCAACAGCAGGAGGCAGCGGCCUUCCCUAAAGCGAUACUGCCUCUGGAGAAGAUCUACCGGGAGAUCGCUAUCCUGAAGAAGCUCUACCACCAUAACGUUGUCAAGCUGGUGGAGGUGCUUGAUGAUCCUGAUGAAGAUGGCCUUCACAUGGCCUUCGAAUUGAUGACCAAAGGUCCAGUGAUGGAAGUGCCCACAGAUAAUCCGCUGACGGAGGAGCAAGCUCGCUUUUACUUCAGAGACGUCGUCCUGGGAAUAGAGUAUUUGCACUACCACAAGAUCAUCCACAGAGACAUCAAACCUUCCAAUCUGCUGCUGGGGGACGACGACCACGUCAAGAUCGCCGACUUUGGCGUCAGCAACGAGUUUGAUGGCACGGAUGCCCUGCUGUCAAGCUCGGCGGGGACGCCGGCCUUCAUGGCGCCGGAGACCAUGACGGAACAAGAGCAGGGCUUCAGCGGAAAAGCUUUAGACGUGUGGGCGAUGGGAGUGACGCUCUACUGUUUUGUCUAUGGGAAGUGCCCUUUUUAUGACGAAUACAUUGUCUCCCUGCAUAACAAGAUCAAAAACAAACCUGUGGAGUUUCCAGAAAUUCCACCAAUAAGUGCUGAACUAAAGCACCUCAUUGAGAACAUGUUGGACAAGAACCCUGAAACUAGAAUCACCAUCCCUGAAAUCAAGCUCAACCCGUGGGUGACUGAGGGCGGCACCAAUCCUCUGCCCCUGGAGGAGGAGCACUGCACAGCAGUGGAUGUCACCGAGGAGGAGGUGCAGAACAGCGUCAAACUCAUCCCCAGUCUCUCCGCGGUGAUCCUGGUAAAGUCCAUGCUGAGGAAGCGCUCCUUCAGUAAUCCCUUUGAGUAUCAGGCCAGACGGGCAGAGAGGUCCAUGUCUGCCCCCGGAGGUCUUCUUAUUGGUUCUUGGGGCCUGCUGGGGUCCUCGCCUCUGCUUCAUCCGUCUUUGAGGAAUGUCAGCCAUGACGGCAGCAGGGACGGCGAGCUGGAGGACUUGUAUGAAGACGAUGCGUUCACAGACUGCACGGAUGACAAGGAAGCAUGAGACCCUUGUUGGUGUUGUUAUUGUUUUUACCCUGUUGCCAUUGUUUCAUCUGUU